UCCAGGCAGAGGCGCGAUGGCCGACCGCGGCGGCCCUGCCGAGGCGCCCAGCCCGCGGGGCUCUCCCCGGCCAGAGUCCCGGGCCCCGCGUACGGUCGGGCCGGGCGAGACCCCGCGUACCGCGGCGCUGGCGCUGCGCUUCGAUAAGCCCAUCAAGCAGGCUUUCUACAACACGGGCGCCGUGCUGUUCGUGUGCCUGUGCUGCGGCGCCGCGGUGCUCGUGUACUUCAUCCUCGAGGCCUUCCUGCGGCCGCUGCUCUGGGCCGUGCUGUGCGGCACUUUCCUGCAUCCGUUCAAGAGCUCGCUUACGCGCCUGGGCCGCCUGUGGCUGCGGCGCCUGCACCGCGCGCACACGCCCAUCGUGCUGGCCGCGCUGCUGCUGCCGCUCUGCUUCGCCGACUACGGCGUGGAGGCGCUGGGCGAGCAGGCGCUGCGCCGCCGCCGCCUGUUGCUGCUGCUGGGCGCGGGCGGCCCGCUGCUCUACGGGCUCUACUGCCUGGGCAGCUACCUGGGCGUGCAGGUGCUGCUGGCGCACGCGGGCGCGCUCAUCUGCCGCGGCCUCGACUACUUCAGCAGCCUCUGGAUCUGGACAUUGGUAGUUGGCUACGUGCUGAUGGUUUCAUUCAAGUGGAAUGCAAGCACUCAACGUUAUUUGAGAGCAGUUUCGAUUCCUGUUUGGAUGAUACUGCUUUUUCAUAUAGCAUCACUGGCUGGCUCAUGGAGAAUUCCAGUAUUCCUGGUUAUUGUUUUCCUGAUGUCUGUGGGCACCCUUUAUGAAAAACAGAAUGAGAAGGAGUCGGCUGGGGCAGAAUUACCAGGACAAGUGAUCUCCAUGGCAGCUUCUACUCUUGCAAACUUGGCCAUCUCCAUCACUGGGUAUGAGUCGAGCACUGAAGACCAGCCCUCUGACCCGCCGGCAGAGCCCACAGACACGGGAGAACCCCCUCCAGCAUUGUCUGCUUCUUCUUCAUCCUCCUCUCGUUCCUCACCCUCUUCUCCUUCACCUACUUUGGGCAGACAGAGGCCUGAGAUGGGAACAUUUCUCAGGAAGAAGAAAACUAGUGACAUCUACUUUGUGUCUCUUGUGUGGGCCAUCAUUGCUGUGCAGCUCUGGCUGAACCUGUGGAUUGUGCAGCUGCUGCCGGUGCCUGUUGCAGUCUGGAUCAUCAAAAAGCUCGUGAUCCACUUUGGAGUGGUGGGCUUCCUGGAGAAACGCUGCCGCGCGUGGUGGCAGGUGAUUGAGUGCUUCCUGAAGGAGCGGCAGGAGGCCUUGGCACCGUGGCCCAUCAUCGGGCUUGGAAAGUUCUUACUAAAAGUCGAUAGCAAGAUGAUCAUCUGGUUGGAGAAGAUGUUAGAUAAAAUUAUUAGCAUUUUCAUCAUAUUCUUGCUAGUCAUAGGAACCCUUCUUUUGGCCCUCCUCCUGACUGCAAAGGUACAUCAAGAGAGUGUACACAUGAUUGAAGUCACAAGUAGUCUGAUUAAUGAAACUCUAGCAAAUCACCCAGAGUGGGCAAAUUGGCUUCCUGAGGCUCAGGUGGUCCAAAGAGCUCUUAAUUCAGCAGCAAACAAUGUGUACCAGUAUGGACGGGAAUGGAUAACUCACAAGCUUCACAAAAUUCUAGGAGAUAAGGUGAACAAUACAGCUGUGAUUGAAAAGCAAGUUCUAGAACUGUGGGACAGACUGUAUCACUCUUGGUUUGUUAAGAACGUGACACACUCUGGAAGGCACAAAGGGCACAGGAUGCAUGUGAGCCGUCAGAACAGCUGGCUGGGAGAUAUUUUGGACUGGCAAGAUCUUGCCUCUUUUGUUCAUGAGAACAUCGAGACCUUUCUUUCGAUAUUAUCUUUUGGCUUCCAAAUAUGGAAGAUGAAGAUCCUGGAGUCUCUGUGGAUUGUUAUGAGCCGGAACGUGAGCCUGCUGUUCACCACAGUCACCACCCUGCUGACCAUCCUCUUCUACAGUGGCACUGCCCUUCUCAACUUCGUGCUGUCUCUGAUAAUUUUCCUGACCACACUGUUUUAUCUGUUAAGUUCCAGUGAUGAGUACUAUAAGCCAGUGAAGUGGGUGAUCAGCCUGACGCCACUCUCUCAGCCAGGCCCUUCCUCUAACAUUAUCGGCCAGUCUGUGGAAGAGGCUAUCAGAGGGGUGUUCGAUGCUUCUCUCAAAAUGGCUGGCUUCUAUGGAUUGUACACCUGGCUGACUCACACUAUAUUUGGCAUCAAUAUUGUCUUCAUACCAUCAGCUUUGGCAGCAAUCCUUGGAGCUGUGCCAUUUCUGGGGACAUAUUGGGCAGCAGUACCUGCAGUUCUAGACCUGUGGCUCACACAAGGGCUAGGAUGUAAAGCCAUCUUGCUCCUGGUCUUUCAUCUCUUGCCAACAUACUUCGUAGACACUGCAAUCUACUCUGAUAUAUCAGGAGGAGGCCACCCCUACCUGACCGGCUUAGCAGUGGCUGGUGGAGCCUACUACCUGGGCCUAGAAGGAGCAAUCAUUGGGCCUAUCCUUCUCUGCAUACUUGUCGUUGCUUCCAAUAUCUACAGUGCCAUGCUAGUGAGUCCUACGAACUCGAUGCCCACACCAAAUCAGACCCCUUGGCCUGCUCAGACUCAGCGGACUUUCCGUGACAUCUCUGAAGAUCUGAAAUCUUCAGUAGAUUGACCUGGCUUCACUGCAGUGACUUCUCUGGGGAGUCUCACUUUGACAAUGAGUCCUGCAAGCGUUGGCCUCUGUUCUGACAGCCGUGUCUGGCAGGCAGGGGUACCCAGAAAAGAAGCAGAAGCCUCCCAGCCUUACAUGCAGAACGCCAAGUGAGAGAGAACUUGCUCUAGGCCGCUUCGCAUUUUAAAACACAGCUUGAAAGUUGAGAAUUGUGUCUGCUCACAGCUCAUGCUAAGAUGACUUGAAAGUCGCAGUUGAUGCACUGGUACCAAGGCUUGAACUUGCCCUCUCUGAUUAUCUGCUGCAGUGUUUGUUUAUAAGUUACUUUAAGGAUUCUGAACGACCUACUAUUAAGUGUAUACCCAGUGUAAUGUUCCUUCUGCUGUAGGAGUUUAGCCCUUUUCAGUGAGAAAGUUUUCCCUGUGGAGUAUGGUUCAGUAAGCAGAAAAGGGUAAAGAUGGCUCCCUGUGCUGAGAGGAGAGACAGACGCAGGAGGAGUGCAGCUCUUCCUCUCAGCCAGGUUGCCAGGUUUCUACAACUCUUCCGACCACGCUGAAAAGAUGCCGCCUACUGAGCGGCUACAGAUCCCUGCCGUCAGCCUUCCUCUCUCACCUGCUUUACAAUACAAGCACAGACUGAGGUGCAGUGGUCCCUGGGUUUGUCAUGUGUGCCCUCAGUUGCUUAGCAGCAGAAUUUCUUCCCCUUAGCACGGUGCCUUGUACUCGGGAGUCUAGACGAAUGCUUGCUGAGUUGGACUAUAACUUUGCACGUAUCUCAGAUCUGACACAACCGGCAUAGUGCUUUAUACUUUACACAGCCUUUGUGCACAUUACUUUACACGCAUUUCACAUCAGCUCUUGGAGCUUUGUACUCUGGGGAGUGUCACCCUGGGGGCGGGGUUGGGGGGCUAAGCUUCAGGACAGCAGCAGUGCAAAGCCACCAAGUGUUGUAACUUAUCCCCUGUCUUCUGAUGUUACAUCUGCAGAAUGCAUUUCUUAUGGCUUUGGCAGUUUCCCAGUCCUGUCAGCAGAGGUUCUCAUUUAUUCCAUACAUGUGAAAGAGUUGUCCUGCUUCGUGACACAGGACAUGGCUGUAACCUGAGCCCAGCUCCUAGUGCCGUGCCCUUUCCAGCUGUGCCUGGGCAGCAGAAGGGGGUUUUGAUUUGUUUUUGAAAGCACUUAAGACUAAAAUUUUUCUUAAAACUUCUUACUAACUUUAUAACUUGAUUGAUUAAUAAAACCCACACAUGCCGGGCGGUGGUGGCACACGCCUUUAAUCCCAGCACUUGGGAGGCAGAGGCAGGCAGAUUUCUGAGUUUGAGGCCAGCCUGGUCUACAAAGUGAGUUCCAGGACAGCCUGCAGGGCUAUACAGAGAAACCCUGUCUGGAAAAAACCAAUAAAUAAAUAAAUAAAACCCACACAUACUGCAGUGCCAUCUGACAUGCUAUGUAUAGUAUAGCUCAUGCUGGUUUCCUGGUUGUAUCAUGAAUCCUUCAACAUUAUGACCUGUUAAUCCAUCAUCUGUUAGAUCUGACCACUAAACCACUUACUCAGUUCCUUAAUAAGUUGGUCAUUUGCUCAUUAAUACUUUUCUUGAGCAUUAGUAAAUUCUAGGCACCAUGCCAAGGACCACAGUGGGCUGUGGGCGAUGACUCCCACGAUGGCUUCUCUCACCUUAAAUGCCAGCCAGAUCAUGUAAAUCAUACUAAAUCUAAAAUUCUUACAUUAAAAUGGUUGAGAGAAACCAAGUUUUUCAAACUAUAUUGUGAUAAGUUUAUAAUUAGCACAUGCUCAUAAGCAGCAAAUAUAUACAGUGAGUUUGUAUACAUCUACAAAUUAUGUUGCUCCAGUGUGCUUUUAGUCAUGUAAAAGCAAAUUUGCAAAAAACUAAGUUUGAGCUGAUUCAUACUUGUUGGUAGGAUAGUUCUCAAUUUGAAUGUGAAUUUCUAGGGGAACUCUGAGCUCUAAGUUUAGAGCUUCCUAAAUUCGUGGUAGUGGUAUAAGUCUGUCCUGAAAUUUUAAGAACAGAAGUCCCCCACAAUGACCUGAUCCGGAGACUCAAACUACUCCAUCGCUACAGUGAAUCCAGGAAGGCUGCCAGUUGGAAAAACAUCCUAGCAAGUGUCAGGCACAGGGAAGCAGUUUUACGGAAUUUUCCUAGGACAGAGAGAGAAUAGAUAACAUGAGGUGGUAAGAGUCUUUUAGUCCCUAACAUAACUUACCUUGAAGAGUUUGAAUAGAAUUUGACCUGAGAAGAAGAGAAUAUAUAUGGCUGGUGGCUGGUUUGGUUUUUGGUUUUUUGUUGUUGUUGUUGCUGCUGCUGCUGUUUGUUGGUUUGUGGUGUGUGUGUGUGUGUGUGUGUGUUCAUGUGCAUGUAUAGGUAGACUUUUUGGCUACUUUAUUGGGUUCUUUUACCUGCCUCUCUUCUCCACCCCGAUCCCUUCCAACCCCCAACACUAGGUCAGUGAGGAAAGGUUAGAGGGAAAGAGGGCAUAGAUCUCUUUGGACUACUUCCUUCUGAUUAGGGAUGUCAAAUUUCCUAGAGGAAAGUCCAGUCUUCAUUGUCAGGACUUCUCCAACCAGCAAACCAGCAACACACCCGCAGCAGCAGGAAUCAGCAGCAGCAUGGGGAGCAGCAGCCACCCCCCCCCCGGGCUCUCAGCAGACCCUCGGAUUAAGGUAAACAACCUUCAGCUGGCAGAAUCGUGCCCCUGCCAGACCAUGAGACGAAUCAUAGCUGCUGUGGACAAUCUGAAGCAGCCCCAUAUCCCACACCUGGGGUUAAACUAAAUCAUAAUCACAAACCAUAACUGAGGUUUUUCUUUUAAAAAAAUUUAAAGUUAACAAAGCACUAGUCUGUCUUUACAGGGUCUUUACUCUUCCUUUUUGUUUUAUUAGCAUUUCUUUAAAAAUGCAGCUAGAUCUUUGUACAACUGCUUGUCUUGUAGGAUUGUGUGAUAUCUGUAACAUGCUUUAUAUUAUAAUAUGCAAAGAAUUGCUUCAUCUCACUGAAGACAUGUGAGAAUGCAUUGUCAGUAUUAAUUUGUGCAGGUGUCCUCCAAACUUCUGUUAUUUCCAAUAAAUGUGCAAUUACGGAACCAGCUUUUCGGAACUCAAAGCAGUUGCGCAUUGGGACUGAAUAUGAAUCAGUGGUAUGGUGUGCAAACUGUAGUGUUAGAAAUUCUGCAAAAUGGAACACAUCAUCCGUCUGCCAGAUUUCAUUUCCUUUAGCACUCCUAGGACUACUCAUCAGGUAAUGAACUUUGGUUAUACAGAGAAUAAGUAAGGCAUUUUUUUAUCUCCUCGGCUUGUUGCCAAAUCAUAGAAAAUAAUUUAAACCUUUAUUUUUAACAUGGUGGGGUUUUUUCAUGAAAUUUUGAGGCUUCUAAUACAUUUCCCAUUGAUAAUUGGUCAAUUUCUUCAUUUCCUUGUGCCAAUAGACUGCUCAACCUGUAUGAGACUGAAUAUGAGUCUCAUAUUCAAUAUACAAUGGAAAGUGUCUAUUUCUGAUUGCCAGUUGCAGUUGCACAAAUAAGAUUAAUUCUGAACCAUCCGGAACAAAUUCAGCAGUUUCUAUAUACAAAACAACUCUUUCUGCAUAUUGAGAGUCAGUAAUUAUUAAGAGAUUCAGAGAAAUCUAACAAUAGGAUUGCAUACAACUCUGAUUUUUGAACUGAACUUUGUGGGCUUUGGAUCACUUUGCUUAUUUUGUCUGACUUACAGCCUUCCGUCCUCAACUUACUUGCAUCAGGAUAGAAUGUAGGCGCUUCAGGAAUUGGUGUUCCCUUUACAAUACUUGGGAGAAUCCAAUUAGUUCUUUUUGUAAAUUGAAGAUGCUUGCUUUGGAGAUAUUUGUUUAUUUCUCACAAAUAGUUGCUACAUGCUUUGCAAAUCUUCAUUGAUUACACAUAGUGACAUAAUCUCAGCAUUAGUAAAAGGCACCACAAUUUCAGCUGUGUCUGUUACUGAUAAUUGAUAUAGUCUUAUUCUACCUUUUAUAAUUAAAUCAGAAACCUUUUCUAUAUAUGUAAAUUUUUAACUUUUUAAUUUGUGUAUUAAGAAAAUCCAUCUAUAAUUCUAUCUUCCCUUUGUAUAAUGAGCCACGUAAGAGAAUGAGUUGAUGGCAGAAAAAUGAAAAUACAAUCAAGCUUAGGCUCUGUGUGAUCCACAUAUGCAUCUUGCUGUGAGUAAACUCUUUCACUGUUAACCAUUCUAUACUGUUUUAAGUUUGAAUUUACUCGUAAUGGUUGAAAUAAGUUACUUGAGUUAAUCUGGUUGUAGGCCAUAGCCAAUUAAUAUUUCCCAUUAAUUUUUGAAAAGCAUUAAGAGUUUGCAACUGAUCUCUACAGAUCUGUACCUUUUAUGGUUAAUAUUUUAUAACCCAAAUAGUUAAUCAAAUCUACUCUCUGUAUUUUACAGGAGCGAUCUGUAAUUCCCAGCAUGGCAGAAUUCUUUGUGUUUUUUAAAAACAUUUUCUCUAAAGUAUCUUUGUCAGAAUUAGCCAACAGUACAUCUUCCAUGUAAUGAGAUAUGAUAGAUUGAGGGAAUUGCCUACAAGUUAUUUCUAGCUGUUGUUGCUUAAAAUACUGACAUAAAGCCGGACUAUUUAGCAUUCCACUUGGGAGCAUUUAUUGGACCACUGUUAUGAUAAGUAGGUGCUAAGAAAGCAAAUCCUUUCUUAUCAUGCUCAUGCAGAAGGAUUGUGAAAAAACACUCUUUUAAAUCAAUUGUCAUAGGCUAUGAGUUAGGUCAUGAAGAAGGUAAAGGAAUUCCUGGCUGUAAAUGUCUCAGUGGUUGAAUUACUCUGUUCAGCAUUCUUAAAUCUGAUAACAUACUCUAUUUUCCUGAUUUCAUUUUUGUUUUUGUUUGUAUGUUUUAUUUUUUUCCUUUUUUUAACAAACACAGGCGAAUUCCAUGGAUUGUUAGACUCUCCUGUAUGGUGAGCCUCCACCUGCUCUUUGUUGUACUAGCUGCUCACGUGCCUGCAGGUUUUCCUCAAUUAAGGGCCACUGCUCUACCCAUACAGGCUUGUCAGCCAACUAUUUUAGGGUAGGACUAUUGUGAUUUGGAAACUCACUCAAUCCCUGGAACAGCCCGUGAUUGUUUUUGAUGACACAUAUCAGUAUCUUUCCCAGGAACAUCUACCAUCUCCCUACAGUUUCAUCAUGAGCUGUCUCUGGGAUUGCAGGAAUAUUUGAGUACCAACCAUGUUGUUGUAAAAGAUCCCUUCCCCAUAAAUUUAUGGGUAUGUCAGCCACAUAAGGUCUCAGCUUCCCUGUUUGCCCUUCUGGUCCUAACCCAUUGUACACUUUUUUUUAUUUGAGGUAAUCUACAAAUUCCCAUAAACUGUGUAUGAACAUUCUGAAGUGGCCAUUCAGAGUUCCACGGUUUUGGGGAAAUGAUAGUCACAUCAGCUCCUGUAUCCACCAAACCUCCUAAUUCAACACUAUUUGCCUAAAGUUUAACUUUGGUCAUUAACUACUCACUGUUUGCUAAAGCACACGUUUUUCAGUACUCCCAAGUCCCCCUGUUCUUUCUACUGGAGCAGCUUCACCCUUAGUGUAGGGAAACAGCAGUUUUUAAACUUUCAUUGUCCCCUGCAUUACUUUGCAUCUCUCUCUCUCUCUCUCUCUCAAGCCACA